GUCACGGUGUAAUAUUUUUUAUUCCAUCACACCACUUGGUGGACUAGGGGAUUCCUAUUGCAAUGUGGGAGGAGGGGCGGAAGUGGAGGAAGUCGUUCCACAGCCGAUUGGAUAAUGUUUCUUCAGAUUCAGUUGGAAACGAAGCUAAACGCGACCGCGCAGUGAUUUCAGAGAGUGGAGAGUGUCGGCGGUUUCAGAGCGCGGAAGGAAGCAAGGGUUAAUUUGACGGAAGACGGAGGUUUUGGGAAGCGGCGUUUUAAACUGCUUGUGUGGACUAAACUUGGAGUUCACCGGUGUAAAAGCGUGCAUUAUGCAUUCAGACUGCAGGCUGCUAUGGGCAGAGCGGUAAUGGUGGGCAGGGGACCGACAGGGACCAGGCUUUUCUUCUUGUCGACUGUCAUCAUCCUCACCGCCAGAAGCAGUCGAGCGCAGCAAGGCGAUGGCUGUGGCCUCAGUGUUUUGGGCCCCUGCAGUGGGAGCCUGUCGUCUCUGGGUUACCCUGGUACGUACCCUAACCACACGGUGUGUGAGUGGGAGAUCAGCGUGCCGCAGGGCCGGAGGCUCCACUUCCGCUUCGCUGACCUGGACAUAGAGGAUAACAACUGUCAGGUCAACUACCUCAGGAUCUACGAUGGUAUAGGACCGCGUAGGACCCAGAUAGUGAAGUUCUGUGGUCUGGGCCUGAAUGUUCCUGAUCUCAUCCUGUCCAGUGGGAACCAGGUCACCGUCCAGUUUAUGAGUGGGACCCACCAAAGUGGGCGGGGCUUCUCCCUGGCCUACUCCACCACAGAACACACAGAUCUGAUCACCUGUCUAGACAAAGGAAUCCACUUCACUGAGGCAGAGUUCACCAGAUACUGUCCAGCAGGAUGCCUGACUUCUGUUGGGGAGAUCUCUGGGACCAUACCCCAUGGCUACAGAGAUUCGUCUCCAGUGUGUCUAGCAGCCAUCCAUGCAGGUGUGGUGUCUAACUCUGUUGGCGGUCAGAUCAGUGUGGUCAACAGUAAGGGCAUCCCUCACUACGAUGGCUCGCUGGCUAACAAUGUCUCCUCCACUGUUGGUCCCUUGUCCAACAGCCUCUUCACUUUCAAGACGAGUGGUUGCUAUGGGACACUAGGUCUAGAGUCGGGUGUUGUUAGGGACUCCCAGCUCUUUGCUUCCUCGGUGUGGGAAUGGAGUGACGUGAUUGGCGAACCCAGCGAGUGGGGCCCAACUGGGGCCCGCCUAAAUGGGGCGGGGCUUCCCUGGGCGUCGGCUCACAGCGACCAGCAGCAGUGGCUACAGGUGGAUCUGAAGAAGGAGAAGAGGAUCACAGGCAUCACCACUACAGGCUCCUCCCUCCUGGAGUACCAGUUCUAUGUGUCAGCCUAUCGGGUCCUCUACAGCAAUGACGGACAGCACUGGAACAUCUAUCGGGAGGCAGAUGCUACCCAGGACAAGAUUUUUAAAGGGAACACCAAUUAUCUCCAGGAGGUGCGCAAUAACUUCAUCCCACCAAUCGAGGCGCGGUAUGUGAGGAUAAGCCCCACCCAGUGGCACCAGCGAAUUGCCCUCAAGUUUGAGCUGCUCGGAUGCCAGUUCCAUCAAGCGAGGCCCCGGACAUACCACCCCCCUCGGCCUCCCCCUCGCUCAGUGGCCACAGACACCCCCCCAAUGUACGGCCGGACCACCCACACCCCUGACAUCAGAAACACCACCAUGCCACCAUGCACCAUCAACGACGUGGCGUUGGCAACGGUGUUGGUGCCGGUGUUGGUCAUGAUUCUGACCGCCCUCAUCUUGACCAUGGUCUGUGCCUGGCACUGGAAGAACAGGAAGAAUAGUUCAGAGGGAGCUUAUGACCUGUCUCACUGGGACCGUACAGGUAAACACAACGCUCUCAGUGUGUGUGUGUGUGUGUGUGUGUUUAGAUGUUUAUUGCGUGUGUGUCUCUGUCCAGACUGGUGGAAGAGUAUGAAGCAGUUCCUGCCGUCCAAGAUGGCGGAGGGGGAGGAGUCAGUCCGCUACAGCAGCAGUGAGGUGGGCCGGCUCAGAGUGAGAGGGAACACCCCCAGACUACGGGCCGAACCCGCAGAGUAUGCCCAGCCCCUGGUCAGCGGUGUCGUGACAUCACUAGGUCAGAGGUCAACUUUCAAGCCAGAGGAAGGUUCUGACCCCGGCUACACGGACCCUAACCGCUACGACGCUCCCAUGGCAACAGACAUCUACCAUGCCUACGCUGAACCCCUGCCCGCCUCCGGUGCAGAGUAUGCCACGCCCAUUAUGAUUGACAUUGCAAGCCACCUAUCAGGGAGCUCCACACUGAACCAGCCAACCACAGUCUCCAGCUUCAUGGGCCGUGGCCCUGCCUCCCUUCUCACGCGAACAGACAGCGGGCAAUCUGGGAGGUCAAUGUAUGACACGCCCAAGAGUACAGGACAGGCAACACCCACUAAGGAUUUAGCCUACCAGGUGCCUCAGAGCAGCUCUCAGAAGCCAGUGGGGUAGAGCUGAAGAGGUGGCGUGAGUACUUUGAUUGACAAGGCCAUAACCAUAAACCACACCCCCCAUUGACAGAGGGGGAUGAUGGAGAGAGGGAGUGUGAAUUAAACUGUAAAGAACAUUACCUUCAAGUUAGAUGUCUGUAUGUGAGUGUGUCUACAGAGGAGUCUAUAUGUGAGUGUCUACCUGUACGUGCAUGGCCGGAGAGUGCUAGCAUAGUACCAUACCAGUCCUAUCACUGAAACCAUAAAGAUGAAUGUCUACAUGAGAGCGAGAGAACGGAAAGAGGAGAGCUCACUACUGUUUCAGCCAGGCUAAGUCCCCUCUGUGUGUCUCUUAAUUUGAUGUUUUGUCAAACUGAGUAUAUAUAUAUUUUAGUUCCUUUCGUGUCAAUCUAAAAGUGAAACAAUUCUCCAAACAAUAGGUUCUCUGAAGUGGUUGCCUUCUAUAGAAAGUCAAUGUUUCUACCACUGAAGUGUUCUCUGCAUAAAGGUCUCCUGUCUAAAGAGGAGCUUACUCAGUUUACUACGGUACGCUUUGAUUGGAGGCUUGUACUAUUUCAGCUUUCAGUUAGUUCACAAAAUCAGACCUGUGGAAAUGUUUGAGUUUAACCAAUCACCUUAUACAUAAAGCUAGAGUGAAAUCCAUGCCAAAAACCUGUUGAAGUUUCUGAAAAAUAAUUUUUUAUUUAUUUCUUUUAUAAUUCCUGCUGAAAAUGACUCACAAAAAAAACACUAUGGAAAGCGGUGACGAAUCAGCUUCAAAUAAUUAUGGUUGUACUGUUUUCAUGGUUACACUGUUGUCAUGGUCACCUUGCCUCACGUGACAGUCAAAAAGGACCUCUGCAUAACGUUUAGGUGCCAUUUGUAUUUGCCCGAUUGGAUUCACACACUGCCAGACUAGGACCAGUUACUUGAAGAGGAAGAAUCUGCCCUCAUGGUGAUCCUAGAGGAGCUGUCCAACAGAAGGGCUGUCUCUACAAUAUGUCAGUGAGACUAAACAUUGCCUUGUGUUUUAUUAUUAUGCAUCAUUUAUCAUCAUGGCCACCGUCUGUAAAUUCCCAGAGAAUCCAGAGGUUGUAGGACUUCUGUGUGCUAGAGGAAGAUGAUCCACUCUAGCCAAACUCACACUGGAGUAGUCUAGGUUACCGCGUCAGGUACGGAUCCUGACAAAGACGCUACGGCGAGAGAACAUUAUCACUAGUGACCAAUCGGCAUGCAGAAGUUAAUAUUUACAGAAACAACAAAGACGGUACGGCAAGAUAACAUUAUCACUAGGGACCAAUCAGCAUUGCAGAAGUUAAUAUUUACAGAAACGCCUCAUUCUAGUAUGUGUGUCUGAAUUGCUGUCUCUAUUUCUUAGAGAUUGACUGUCUUCACGUAUGUAAUGGCUUUCAUUAGUAUCUUUGUGCGAGUAGAUGUCUGUAUCUGUCUUUUUAUGGCUGUCCUAAAGAGAGUAUCUGUGUGCGGCUAGCUAUGUCUGUACGACUGUCCCUACGAGUGUACUGCAUCUGUGUUUGAUUAGUCAUGUUUGUAGUCAGUGGAGCACAUUAGUCCGGUCAAUCCCUGUCCUGAACACUGAACCUGGACCAGUUGAAUUUUAGGUUAAAGGUUAGGGCUUCAGUAGGUAAGGCUGGCCGUAGGUCAGUGUGUUUCUGUCUUCACAGAUUGUACAAGGAGAAAUAAAGCCUUUUUUAAAAACUUUUA